ACCAGGUCCAUUCGAGAUAGAGAUAGAGAGAGAGAGAGAGAGAGAGAGAGAGAAAGAGAGAGAGAGAAAGGGUUUGAAGAACAGCAGAAGGAGAGCAUUUUCGAUUUGGAGAUCUGGGUUUUUGCAGAUCCCCAAAUCCAACCAAAUAUAUGUUAAGUUUCCAAUUUCUAUUUCUGCCGUGGGUCGUGGCAACAAAGAAAUGGCAUUGUCUAACUUGCAUCGUCUACUCUCAACGCCGCCGACCGCCAUCUCUCGUUCGACUAUCAUCUUCUCUGCCUUCCGAUCGGAAUUCACCAACUCCACAAAUCGAUUCAUCUCCAGUGUGACUGAAAACCUUCAAACUCACCAAGAUCAUGAUGGAGCCACUAACGAAGAAGAUAAGGUCCAAAAAGCUCAAGGUCACGAAGAGGAAAACGAUGAAGAUGAUGGCGAAGAGCUUGAUAUCAAUAAAGAGACCGGCGAAUAUGGUGGCCCCCGAGGUCCAGAGCCUACUCGUUACGGUGAUUGGGAACGUAAUGGUCGUUGCUCUGAUUUCUAAAUCCACACACUUUUCGUGCUAAAGAGGUUAGGUUUCAGUCGAUUAAAUUUCUAGAUCUGGUUAUAUGUUAAUCAAUGUUUUCCUUUUGUUUUUCUAGCUGUCUUACUAAUCGUAAUCAAAUAGAUAUGGUCUAUUUAUAUCGAUGCUCAGUAAUAAACAAAUUGUGAUUUGGGCGUUCAUCAUUGCCAUUGGAAUUAAAGAUCAAUACGUUUGAAAUUC